AUGAACUCAAACAAUAACACCAUAUCGCUGUCAAGCUCAAACUCUUCGCUUGACUAUAUGUUUGGACACAAAAUGACAUCGAAUAACUGCUCAAUGAUAUCCACUGCAGCCACCAGUGUUGCAAUGACACCUACUGGAUCAUUUGAACUGCACAAGAUCAACACUAACUAUGCAACUGGCGAUGGGAGCUACUUUGUGAAAUCGGUGUCGAUUUCUUUACAACCCAAGACAAUAGUGAUAUUGAUCGGCUUGCCAGCAUCAGGCAAAUCAACCAUCUGCAAACAGUUGGCAUCCUACUUGAAUGGGAAUGGCUCCUUUUGUAAGAUAUACAACACCGGAGAUGUCCGUCGUCAAGAACACGAAAAAUCUUCUUCUUUCGAUAACUCAGACUACUUUGAUCCUGCAAAUAUUAGCGGGAAAUGCCAAAGGGACCACUUUGCCUUGAUGGCACUCGACACAAUGUUGCAGGAUUUGAAAUCCAAUAAGAUAAGCUGUGGGUUUUUGGAUGCUACCAACACUACAUUGGAGAGAAGGAGACUUUUGAUGUCAGUAAUCCAGAACACAUCCCUCGUGAAAAUCGAUAACGUGGUGCUAUUCGAUGUCCAAGUGGACGAUCCAAGCAUCAUAAAUUACAACAUUAACGGGAAGGCUUACAAUCCUGACUACAGGGACAAGGACUACGAGUAUUCCAUACGAGAUUUCAAGAGAAGAGCUGACAAUUAUCACAAAGCAUAUGUUCCUAUCAACCAGGAGGAGUUGGAGCAAUACAGUGGGCUCCUCGGAGAAUAUAUUUCAAUCAAAAACGCAGGAGAGGGCUACAAAUUUGUCGAUUUCAAAGACAAGAGUAGGACAACUAUAGAUGCUAAGAAUAUCAAUAGUGGCAUGGAUUCCAACCCCAGCUCUACAAUGGAAUUGAUUGAGGACUUUGUCAAGCAUUAUAAGGAAAAGCAAGGGAAGCAGUAUUUAGAGGCUGUACAAAGCUUUUAUGGGAAAUAA